GUGACGCCACAUCCGGGGCAGAGCUCCGCCUCUUGCUUGUUGUCGGGAGGAAAUGAUCCCGCAGCGGUGACGAGCUGCAUCAACACGAGAAACAGGGACGAGCGCGCACUUUAACAAACAUGGAGGCGGCCGGACUCGCUGUUUAGUCUCCUGCCAUGCAAGCGGACGUGGUUUCACCGUGAACUGGUUCGAGCAGGACUCUGUGUGGUACUGUAACCCUCCCUCUCCCCCAUCAUGCUGAGUUUCCUGCGCAGGACGCUGGGGCGACGCUCCAUCCGGAAACAUGCAGAGAAAGCCCGGUUAAGGGAGGCUCAGCGAGCCACCACACACAUCCCUGCUGCAGGGGAUGCAAAGUCUAUUAUCACCUGCCGUGUGUCCUUACUGGACGGGACGGACGUCAGUGUCGAACUGCCGAAAAAAGCCAAAGGUGAGGAGCUGUUUGACCAGAUCAUGUAUCAUCUGGAUAUCGUAGAGAAGGACUACUUCGGACUGCGCUUCAUGGACUCCGCACAAGUGCCACAUUGGCUCGAUGUUACAAAAAGUAUCAAAAAGCAAGUGAAAAUCGGUCCACCAUACUGCCUGCACUUGAGAGUGAAGUUUUACUCUUCAGAACCCAACAACCUGCAUGAGGAGCUCACCAGAUACCUAUUUGUGUUACAAUUAAAGCAAGACAUCCUUAGUGGCAAGCUAGAAUGUUCGUUUGACACUGCGGUGGAGUUGGCUGCCUUCUCGUUACAGGCUGAGCUAGGUGACUGUGACCCAUUAGAACAUAAUCUGGACCUGGUGUCAGAAUUUCGCUUCAUCCCCAACCAAACAGAGGAUGUGGAGCUGUCUAUAUAUAACACAUGGAAAGAGUGCAGAGGUCAGACACCGGCCCAAGCUGAGAUUAACUACCUGAAUAAAGCAAAGUGGCUUGAAAUGUAUGGAGUGGACAUGCAUAUGGUCAAGGCAAGAGAUGGUAAUGAGUACAGUCUGGGUUUGACACCCACUGGAGUUCUGGUGUUUGAAGGAGAAACAAAGAUCGGGCUCUUUUUCUGGCCCAAAAUCACCCGGCUAGAUUUUAAGAAGAGCAAACUGACACUUGUGGUCGUGGAGGAUGACGAUCAGGGUAAAGAGCAGGAGCACACCUUUGUCUUCAGGAUGGACCAUCCCAAGGCCUGCAAGCACCUGUGGAAGUGUGCUGUGGAGCACCAUGCUUUCUUCAGGCUCAGAGGGCCAGUAGAGAAGAACUCUGCACGCUCCGGAUUCAUACGCAUGGGAUCACGCUUCAGAUACAGUGGAAAAACAGAGUAUCAGACGACCAAGGCCAAUAAAGCGAGGCGGUCAGCCUCCUUUGAGAGACGGCCUAGUCGACGUUACUCAAGGAGAACCAUGCAGAUCAGAGGACCAUUCAACGCACAGGAAGUUCUUUCCUCGGGCAAUGGAGUCAGCUCCAGCAAAGAGAACAAGGUUCCUUUCAGUAGAGGUGCAUGUUCUGGUGUGCCUGUGGUCACCCCAGCGGCUGCUUCUGUCUGUGGACCAAUGGAAAUCGAGUCUCUGCCCAGGAGUCCUGGAGUAGAGAAAAGGAGUGUGCCUGUGGUUGCUGACCUGAUGGAGACCUGCAUUGAUGAUGUCCUCGGGGCUCCCGUUGUUCCCACGGUGACAGCUGCAGAGGAGCCCGGACCAAGCAAUGCCUAUGCUGCUGCUGCCAGUGUCACAGCAGAGGAUCCACUCAGCCUCGCUGAAGCAGCAGCUCGUCUGAAGCAACUGGAGUUGCAACUGGAGAGCAGUCCAGUUACGCCGAGAAAUAACGUCAAUGUCAAUUUGGUCAUGAACAAUCAGGAGGACGUGGUGAAGCUCACAGAGAAGUGUGGUCUGAGCAGCGCAGGCAGUAGUCCAGUUGUCACUCCACUGCGCACUCCAGAGGAUCUGAAGAGUAACAUCCUGAAAGCACAAGCUGAGGCUGCUGCCCUGAAGGGGCCUGUGGAGGAACACGUCAUAAUGGUUGGAGAUAAAAACUGUAACAUGCAGGAAGCUUCUACCAGGUUGAAUGUGGGUACAGGGCGACUGGGCAGUAACUCGUCUCUCUCCAUUAGCAGCCGCCCUGACACCCAGGACUCCUGGGACCUGCUGAAGCCAGCUUCACUGCUCUCGUCAGCAGGAGCCAGUGCCGAGCGGUUAGCUGAAGACUUAAUCCCGCCAGUUCCCAAGAUGCCAUCGGAGUCUGCCGGCGAAGGCAUGUCUCCAAAGGUUAAAGCAGAGGAAGUUGACCUGCCAAACACUGCGCCGCUAUCUGACAACCUGAUCGACUUCACUGAUCCACUACCACCAGUGCAGCAGCCAAAACCUGUCAUCACACCUCGCUGGAUUAUUCCAACAACUGCUCCUCCCGGCGUCUUUACUAACGGCCUGCUCGACCUUGACCCCCAUGCUAAGGUCACCCCUCUUCUCCCUGCAGAUGGGGGGGCUGCUACCCCAGCCCUCCCCCACAUCGCUCACACGCGUAACACCACCUCCGCCAGCAUUGUGGGUCAGCCCCCAGCCUCGGACAAUGGAGCCAAACCCAGAGGUCUCCUGACCACUGAGCUCUGAUGAAGAAACAAGGAGCCAGACUGCUCUCCCUUCUCAUCCCAUCACCCAUCCACACACACAGGAAAGCUGGAGGGGUGCGCUGAACACUGUGGGCGGAGAGGACUACGGGAAGGAGGAGGCAGCUGACACGCUCCACAUUGUCAAGUACCCACACUGACACAGAUCAGCAGUAAGAAUAUUGAGAACAAUUAUUAUGACCAGAUGGUGUCAAGUUUAGUUUUGUUAAUCAGUUAACACAACAUUUAGCUCCAGUUUUAACAUCUUAAGAACACUGUUAAAGACAUUUACUGUAAUCCAUCCACUCCACCCAACCUCAAUCUCACAGCCAGCAGCACCUUCUUGUGUUGAGUUUAAAUCUUAUGACCCUGUUAGGUACAUUGUACAGAAGCAUCAACAACUGGCUUAUUUCAUAGAGGGUAGGUUGCCUCUUUUAGUGCUGCUCCUCCAUCCCUCCUCUUUUUUAAUACCACUGGAUCCCUGCUCUGAGCUCACAUGAACAGCUGCUGCACUACACUGGAUACAGGACUGAAAAGACACGUCUCUUAAAAAAGAAAUGUUGAUUCUAAGAGAUAAAACAGCGCCUGGACUGUUAACAUGAUGAAACACGUGGAUAUGAUACUGUAAUGAACUUGUAGCACACUACAAUCUUUUUUUUUUUCCUUUUUAAAACCCAGACAAUUCUACAUGUGAAACUUACCACUGGAUAUAAAACUCACGGCAACACUGGACCUUGAAAGAAUUCUUGAAUGAUGAUCAAGUUUUUGUUUUUUUAACCCUUAAAUUUGUCUGUUUUCGCUGUUUUUAUUUGCCCUUUGCUGCAUUUAAUUUGAAAUCUGCUGAUGUUGGAUCCAGCGUUAAGAGGGACUGAACAUCUCAAACUCCCCUCAUGGUUUUUAAUAUGAAGAACAUGUUGACCUAUAAUUUAGUGUUCUCUUCAAAACACUUCUUUCAUGACUGGAUUUUCAUUCCCCACAUGAGUUUGAACUUCUGAAUUGGGAAUGUAAAUGCAACAUGUGAUUGCUGGAUUACAUCAUGGACAGUGUGUCCAAUUGCUGAGUCAUCUUAUGUAAAAACUGAUUUCAUUAGACAGUAUCUUGAUUCUUUUAUUAGAUGGUGACUGCAAGUAUUAACAUGCUGUAGCUAUGACCCUGCCUUAUGUAAAUGAAUGUAUUCAAAAUGUGUCAUCUUAACAAUGCUGGAGAUGCCAUGGGACAAAUCUAACUGUUGCUGAUACGUUGAAUACCUGGAGGAAAACUUUGGUACAUUUGGACAAUUGAGUCCUAAUUCUACAUGUUCUUAAUGAAGUCUAUCACACUGACUCUUAAAUGGUAGAGUUGUAGCAUUUUUAAGAAAACAAGCACAUACACUACAUGAUAUCCACUGAGUCUGGACCCUCAUUCAAGUUGUCUGUAGUUUUGUGAGCACGGUGUUGAGCUCAUUAUGUCUCGAACGAGGGAAGCUGACUCUUUGACAUUGUCUUCUUAGCCACUACAGUUAUUUAUGCUACUACUCAGUGUCAUUGUUCAAAUUUUACACGUUGUCCACAAGUGUUGUAGCGCUCAGUUACAAUGUAUCGUCAGUGUAAUGGCAUCACCUGGCUGUAGAUAUGAAGUAGACCUAUAUAUAUAUUAUUUGUUUGAAAAUGAUGUUGGCAGUAUUGUUACUACGUACUAAGGAGAAUUUCAGCAUCGAGGUGUUUUCUAAUUACAAAACUGUUACUGAUCAAAGUGAAUGGGGGGAGAACACACUUUGUGACAGCUCAAAUGCAUUUUUAUAUAAACUUUUAUCAAUAUUUUUUUCUUGGAAAACCUUCAUCAUCUUUCAGUAAAGCUUUGCUACAGUAGGACUCAGUUGUUUUUCAUUUAUUACUUUAUUUAUUGUUUGGUCGUGACUAAAUGUUUUCAGUGAUUUCAGUUGGAUUUAUGCACCAGAUAAUCUGAUUUUCUACUCUGCUGUGGACCAGGGGUAAUUUU